GGGUUGGUGCGCGGCAGAGGCCCCGAGGGCGAAGUUGGCCAAAGUCGUCGCGCGGAACUCGGCUCAGGAAGGGCGCAAGAGGGAGCCAUCAGCACCCCGCCCCCCGCCCCCAUUUUAGUGGGCGCGGUCAUUUCCGCGCGGUUCUUUAUUUUGUUUUGCGCAACUCGUCACACAGGCGCCCCGAGAUCCGCCGUCCCGCGGGGCCGGGCGGCAACAUGGAUGGCCUCGUGUCGCUCUUCAUGCCGCGCAACCUGAGCUACAUCUCGGGCCUGUACGAGAACGCGCGCCUCGCCGACGACUUCGGCGUCGCCGCGGCGGGACAGGGCCAGGACGGGGGGCACGGGGGGCCGGGCGAGGCCGCGGGGCACGACUCCGCGAGGCCGCGGGGUAGGAAGCAGCUGCGGUCCGAAGACCUCUCCCUGUCCGCCCUCGUCAUCUGCGAGCCGCGCGACCCCCCCGACGCGUUCGCUCCGACGCCGCCGCCGUUCGCUCCGACGCCCAUCGUGCGCCGCCGCGCCAAGUCGCUGCCGUCCGUGCCGGGCCGCCCCGCGCCCCCCGAGCCGCCGUGCCGCCGCCGCAAGUCGGUGCGCUUCUCUGACUCCCUGGGGCUGGAGCUCUCGGUCGUGCGCCACUUCAGCUCGUGCGAGGAGCCCCGCGUGCCGCCGCACGUGCUCGAGUCCCUGCACCGCGGGGCGCUCUCGCGCUUCGCUCGCCUCGACGCCUGGGACGGCGCCGGCGGCUGCUGCGGCCGCUGCGGCCCGGGGGGAGAGGGAGGAGGGGGGGGGCUGUCGGCGGCCGAACCCUUGCGCCGCACGCGCCUCGAGGCCGCGUUCGCGCGGCCGCUGGGCGACCCCGAGUUCGCGUCUCGGCUGCGCGCUCAGCUGGUGCUCCUCGAGUCGGUGACGCCCGGCGAGCUGAGCGUGACGGGCCACGUGCGCGUCCUCGACGUGGCCUUCGAGAAGGAGGUGUCCGUGCGCUUCUCCUACGACGCGUGGAGCACGCACGCGGAGGCGCGCGCCCGCUACGCCCCCCCCGGGCUCGCCGAGCCGAGUCCCGCGCCGGGCACGGACCGCUUCGCGUUCGCGCUGCCCACGCCGCCCUUCCUGCGGCCGGGCGGCGCGCUCGAGUUCGCGGUGCGGUACCGCGUGGCGGGGCGCGACCACUGGGACAACAACGGGGGCCGCAACUACCGCCUGGAGGUGCGCAGCGAGCUCCUGGGGCCGCCACCGCGGGAGCUCGACCGCAGCUGGAUCCACUUCGUGUGACGCGGUGGGUUGGGGGGUGGGGGAGGGGGGGGUCUUUUCACCCCCCCCCCCACCCCGCGUUGUCCCGUGAGACCCAUGGGGGUGGCGAGCUCGUCCCGUCGCGCCGUGAAGCUCUCCUCCACCCCCAAGUGCCUUGCCGACAUUCACGUCAGCCGGCCUCUGCCCUCGUCAAGAGGUUCAGUUUGUCGUGUCCGGCACCCGGCUCACCACAUCCAGUAUGCCGCUCUGGAUAGCUGCGGCACGUGCUGCCUACUCCGGUCCACCAGCGACGUGGAAAAUAUUCCUGUGAAACCCCCCCCCCCCCCCCCGCCCCGUGCUUCACCAAACACAACAGCCGCAUGCACCUGCCUGCUGUACACACCUGUAUAGCCUAAUGCCUUACCUGUGUACAGUGAUACACCCGCCUCAGACACGUGUCGACCUUGCCUACCUGAUGCACGCGUGUCUAAUGACACAUCUGUCGAACAAAUACACCUGUUCAUCUUGACACACCUGCAGGACACAUCCUUAUACUUGACAAACCUGCUUGGCACAAUCUACCUACUGACUCAUCUGCCUGGCACAACCUACCUACUGACUCAUCUGCCUGGCACACCUUUGAACCUGACACGCCCAACAGACUUUGUCUGCAUGCCACGCGACGGACCGUGAAGGUCAAUAGACGUCGGCCGUGCAACUGCUGCGGGAUCUGGCAGAAGGAAGGAAGCGAUUUGCGAGGUGUGGUGGUGGUUGUGGUGGUGGUGGUUGUGGUGGUGGUGGUUUUGGUGGUGGUGGUUGUCGGUGGCGGUAUCGAUCGCAAUGGGCCGCCAUCAACGGAGCUGCUGAUGAGUUUUUGCGAACGUCGAAGCCAGUCACGUGGAGUCACGCACAAAGCCACCGCGGUCACGUUGCUGCCUGGGGGGUGGGGGGGGCGAUGUCGCGAACUGUCACGAAAUGUCGCGCUUGUGAACACCAGCGAGGGUCGAGGAGGGGGGCGGGGUCACUGGGGUGCGAAUCCAGGGGUCUGGGGGGGGGGGCCCUCUCGCUCCUCCGAGGGGGCGUCCGGCUUUCUGUUCGGCUCGUGUAGAUACAGGACAUUGAGAGAGACGUUGACUGCAUACACACGCAUACUGUGCUGUGUAAGUUAUAGAUUUUAAUUGCUUGCAUAUUGCGGUGACGUAUUUGCUAUGCGUGUGUGUAUCUGAGUGUAUUCACGGCCAACACCCGUGACGAUUAUCUUAACCGGCCCUGAGCCUCCCGUAGGUCGACUCAGCCUCAAAUGAGUACCUGGUGCGAUGUGUAAACAUCACCACUGGGGACACAAAGGCGUUCGGGCGUGGUGCUGGCCACCCACCCUGUGCCGGCCUUCAUAGGUGUUCACGAAGGGCACUUGCCCCAAAAGUUAGUUAAGGCUA